AUGGGAGUGACCCUCGGGGUAUGUACUGCUGGGUCUGAUGAACCUGGCCCAGAGGGCCUCACGUCCACCUCACUGCUGGACCUUCUGCUCCCCACUGGUCUGGAGCCACUGGACUCAGAGGAACCCAGUGAGGCCAUGGGACUAGGAGCUGGCCUGGGAGCUCCGGGCUCUGGCUUCCCUAGUGAAGAGAGUGAGGAGUCCCGGAUUCUGCAGCCGCCACAGUACUUCUGGGAAGAGGAAGAGGAAUUGAAUGACUCCAGCCUGGACCUGGGACCCACUGCAGACUAUGUUUUUCCUGACUUAACCGAGAAGGCAGGUCCUAUAGAAGACAUAAGCCAGGCUCAAGAGGUGCCAAGCCCCCCUUCACCCUUGCCCAAGAUGAAUCUGGUUGAGCCACCCUGGCAUAUGCCUCCUGAAGAGGAGGAGGAAGAAGAUGAAGAGGAAAAGGAAGAGGCAGAGGAAGAAGAGGAGCUGCUCCCUGUCAACAGAUCCCAGGAAGAGACCAAAUCUCAGGUCCAUGACUUUUCUCCCAGCAGCACUAGCCAGAGUCCAGGGCCCACUAAACAGAGGCAAGAAGAUUCUGGGGACCAGGCGUCAUCAGGUGUGGAGGUGGACAGCAGCAUAGAACCAAGCCUGUCACAGUUCUCAAUCAGCCCAAGUACAGCAACCCUGAGGGACCAGGAUUUCUCAGAGGCAAUGGGCACGAUGCUGCCAGCUACAGGGUUUGGGGCAGAGUUUGAGGCUCCCCAGGAAGUAGUUAAGGAUGCUACUGUGGGAGCAACCGAAUUGGCUGCAAAACAAGGAGAAAUGCCAUCCUCAGCCUCCUUUCCGCAAACAGCAGCUCCAAGUGGGACUAAGACUCCAGAGGAAGAUCAUUUUCACCCCAGGACCUCAGGCCCUUUCUCCCAGGCCCCCAAAGGGAUGGAACUGACGCCUUCUUCUGCUACCUUGGGGCAAGAAGAUCUCAAUCAACAGCUCCAGGAAGGGCAGGCAGCUGAAGCUCAAUCUAGAAUACCCUGGGAUUCUACUCAGGUGAUCUGCAAAGACUGGAGCAACCUGGCUGGGAAAAACUACAUUAUUCUGAACAUGACAGAAAAUAUAGACUGUGAGGUGUUCCGGCGGCACCGCGGGCUGCAGCUCCUGGCCCUGGUAGAGGAGGUGCUGCCCCGCCACGGGAUCGGCCACCAUGGGGACUGGCACAUCUCCCUGAGCAAACCCAGUGAGAAGGAGCAGCACUUGCUAAUGACCUUGGUGGGCAAGCAGGGGGUGAUGCCUACUCAAGAUGUCCUUUCCAUGCUGGGUGAUAUCCGCAGGAGCCUGGUGGAGAUCGGCAUCCAGAACUAUUCCACCACAAGCAGCUGCCAGGCACGACCCAGCCAGGUGCGCAGUGACUACGGGACGCUCUUUGUGGUGCUGGUGGUCAUCGGUGCCAUCUGUGUCAUCAUCAUCGUACUUGGCCUGCUCUACAACUGCUGGCAGCGCCGGCUGCCCAAGCUCAAGCAUGUGUCACAUGGCGAGGAGCUGCGCUUCGUUGAAAACGGCUGCCACGACAACCCCACGCUGGACGUGGCCAGCGACAGCCAGUCGGAGAUGCAGGAGAAGCAGCCCAGCCUGAAUGGAGGCGGGGCUGUCAAUGGCCCUGGUGGCUGGAGCUCCCUCAUGGGGGGCAAACGGGACCCCGAGGACUCCGACGUAUUCGAGGAAGACACUCACCUGUGAGGUGCCCUGGCCUGGACGUUGCAAGCUGGCUGAGGCCUCCGGUGGUCAAGCGCAGCCGCCGCUUCCUGCUGCCCCCCA